UUAUUAUAGUUUGCAAUGUAAUGACGAGAAUGAAACUUAUCGAUUUUAAUAUUUGGGCGUGUCUAUCUAAUUGUGUAUAGCCCAAUGUACCUAAGGAAAAGCUGUAAUUCCGAUUAUGUCCUUGGAUUCGGAGGUAUCGGUUUCCAGCAGCUCCGGCAGAGAUUGGUUCUUCCCGUCGCCAUCGUUCUUCCGUUCCUCUCCUUCGCAAUAUGGGCGUCGAUUCCAUACAAACUCGAAUACUCACUCUGCUCCGAGCUCCACCUACCCAUCAGGCAUUCGGCAUCGCCGCAGAGUUAAAUUCUCUCGGACUCCCACCACCUCGUCAAACGAGAAACCUCAAAUUUCAAUUGUUUCAGAUAAACCAUCUGCAAUUUCAAAGAAUAAUCUUAACUGGCUCUCGCAAUUUGGUCUCCAGUUUGCCCUUGUGACGUUGACUAUUGUUUUUUUGUUGCUACUGCUGCUCCGAAAUACACAUCUAGAAAGCCAAGUAAAUAAGUUGCAGGGCGAGAUUCUCAGAUUACAUGCGUGCCAUCAGUUAGAUACCCUAAACGUUUCUAGCUCCACAGCUCACAAGAGUCAGGACACUCAUCCUUGUUCAUGUGAAAAUUUCAAAAGAAACCUAGCUCUUUUUUUAUCUUUCAUGCUUCUACUUAUCCCUCUUAUCAUUUUCAAGUACAUAGACUAUGUAUCAAGAUCAAGGCUUUCUGAAAAUAUAUCAGAACAAGUUUCUCUAAAUAAGCAAAUUGCAUAUCGGGUCGAUGUCUUUUUAUCAGUUUAUCCUUAUGCAAAACCCCUUGUGUUGUUAGUUGCAACACUCUUGUUAAUUUUUCUGGGAGGAUUGACCCUUUUUGGUGUAACUACCGAAGAUUUAGGGCAUUGCCUCUGGCUAUCUUGGACCUAUGUAGCUGAUUCUGGUAAUCAUGCCAGCUCCGAAGGUAUUGGUCCAAGGUUAGUUGCAGUUUCAAUUAGCUUUGGUGGGAUGCUUAUAUUUGCAAUGAUGCUUGGACUUGUGUCUGAUGCAAUUUCUGAGAAGUUUGAUUCACUGAGGAAAGGAAAAAGUGAGGUGGUUGAGCAAAAUCAUACUUUGAUUCUUGGUUGGAGUGAUAAAUUGGGUUCAUUACUAAAUCAACUUGCCAUAGCCAAUGAGAGUCUGGGUGGAGGAACUAUUGCAGUGAUGGCUGAGCGAGACAAGGAAGAUAUGGAGCUUGACAUUGGAAAAAUGGAGUUUGAUUUCAAAGGAACAUCUGUCAUAUGCAGAAGUGGAAGCCCCCUGAUUCUGGCUGAUCUGAAAAAGGUUUCUGUUUCAAAGGCACGUACAAUAAUCGUCCUUGCUGAAGAUGGAAAUGCUGAUCAGAGUGAUGCCCGUGCUUUGAGAACAGUCUUAAGUCUGACUGGAGUCAAAGAAGGAUUACGAGGACACAUAGUGGUUGAAAUGAGUGAUCUAGACAAUGAGGUCCUUGUUAAACUUGUGGGUGGGGAUCUUGUUGAAACUGUUGUAGCUCAUGAUGUCAUUGGUCGAUUGAUGAUUCAAUGUGCUCGGCAGCCUGGACUUGCACAGAUUUGGGAAGAUAUACUUGGAUUUGAAAAUUGUGAAUUCUACAUCAAAAGAUGGCCUCAGCUGGAUGGCAUGCUAUUUGAGGAUGUAUUAAUCAGUUUUCCUGCUGCAAUUCCUUGUGGAAUCAAAGUUGCAUCUUAUGGUGGUAAAAUUAUAUUGAAUCCAGAUGACUCCUAUGUUCUGCAAGAAGGUGAUGAAGUUCUGGUUAUUGCAGAGGAUGAUGAUACCUAUGCUCCAGCGCCCUUACCUAUGGUUCGGAGGGGAAGCUUACCGAAGGACUUUGUUUAUCCUAAGUCUCCGGAGAGAAUACUUUUUUGCGGCUGGAGGCGUGAUAUGGAGGACAUGAUCACGGUUUUGGAUGCAUCUCUAGCACCUGAUUCGGAACUCUGGAUGUUCAAUGAUGUUCCAGAAAAAGAGAGGGAAAAGAAGCUAAUUGAUGGUGGCCUUGACAUAAGUCGGUUGGAAAAUAUAUCUCUGGUUAAUCGUGAGGGAAAUGCUGUUAUACGUCGUCACUUAGAGAGCCUUCCACUGGAAUCAUUUGAUUCAAUAUUGAUUUUGGCUGAUGAAUCAGUAGAGGAUUCAGCAAUUCAAGCUGACUCUAGAUCUCUUGCUACACUGCUUUUAAUUCGUGAUAUACAAGCUAGGCGUCUCCCUUAUGUAGCUAUGGCCAGUCAAACUCAGGGAGGAAACUUCUCGAAAGGCUCAUGGAUUGGGGAAAUGAAGCAGGCUUCAGACAAAACAGUUAUAAUUAGUGAAAUUUUGGACCCUAGGACAAAAAAUCUUUUAUCUAUGUCAAAGAUUAGUGAUUAUGUUUUAUCCAAUGAACUUGUCAGCAUGGCUUUGGCUAUGGUUGCAGAAGAUCGGCAGAUAAAUGAUGUAUUGGAGGAGCUCUUUGCGGAGGAGGGAAAUGAGAUGCAUAUAAGGCAAGCAGAUAUAUACCUCCGUGAAGGUGAGGAGAUGAGUUUCUAUGAAAUAAUGUUGCGUGCUCGGCAGAGAAGAGAGAUUUUGAUAGGCUACCGUUUAGCGAAUGCCGAGAGGGCAGUCAUUAACCCCCCAGCAAAAACUGGCAGACGGAAGUGGUCACUGAAGGAUGUUUUUGUGGUGAUUACUGAAAAGGAAUGAGGCAUUUGUGGACCAGGAAAAUGGAUAUCCAUGCCACCAUGCUGGUGAUCUUGGAAUUGUGAAGUCUAAUCUGGCUUCAAUUUUUUGUUCUCCAAAAUGAGAGGAAUUACCACGAGCGGUAUGUAAAAAAAUGAUCAAGUGUCACCUACGAGUUUAUAUGUUAGCCAUUGUGUUCUGUGCAUCGAGUUUUCACGUGACCAGCCCAACUGAAUAUCUAUUACUCGUAAAUGGAAAAUUGCAUCUCGAAUUAAUAUCA